GGACGCUAAAGAACGAGCGCACCGCUGCCGCCGAAUUUAAAGAGACAUGCACCACUUAUUUAAAUAAUACGACCAUUGGGGAAAAAUAGAUACAUUGUUACUCGUUUUCUCCGUCCAUAUCGGUGGGGGUCCAUUAAGGAGCCAUACGCUUGAUGCGAUCAUUUUAGUAGGAUUUAAGAGGUCUGAACAUACUUGGCACUAUCGCUUUUCCUUUUUGCGAGCUUGAGCUUGAAGUAUAUUGGAGUAACUGGGUGGCCCGUAAAGUAAACUGGACUUGAGGGGGAAGAAGAGAGCUGGGUGGCCCCCUAAACCGAAGUGAUCUGAGCACACCAGAACAACCUGCAAAUACGGAGGGACGGUAAAUAAUCGUGGCUUGGGUGGCUGUUGGUGGUGGUGGUGUGGAAGAAAGAACACACACCAUGGCGAAAAUUCAGGCUCACGGCAGCACUACGAAGAAGAUCAACCAGAUCCAAGACAAGGCCUAUGUGGUCCAGAAGCAAGUCCAACAGCAGCACUUUCAGAAACUAAAGGUGGAGGAUGCCUUGUCUUACUUGGAUCAAGUCAAAAUACGGUUUGGAAAUGAUCCAGGGAUAUACAAUAAGUUUCUAGAUAUCAUGAAAGAGUUUAAAUCUCAAAGUAUUGACACACCAGGAGUCAUCAACAGAGUUUCUCAACUCUUCCACGGACAUCCAGACCUUGUUCUGGGGUUUAAUGCCUUCCUACCGCCUGGAUAUCGGAUUGAAAUUCCCAAGAAUGGAAUGGCCUUUCUUCAGUCACCAUUUUCCUCACAGCAGGUCUCUCCAGGGCCAGGAAGGAGCAUGAGCAGCUCUGUGGUCAGUGCCUCUUCGUCAGCUUUGGCUGAGGCUGGGUCUGCUCAGAAUGAAGCAGUGACCUCUCCGGAGAGUAAUGCUUCAUCCUCUGGACCACCUGAACAGUCAAGCAGGUUGUCACUUCCGUUGCCCAGCCGAGAGAGCCAGUCACAGCCGGCCACCACAUCGGUGUCCCCGCCUACAUCGGAGCCCAGCCCUGUGGAGUUUGACAGCGCCAUCAGUUACGUCAAUAAGAUAAAAAACAGAUUUUUGGACAACCCAGAAACCUACAGAGCCUUUCUUGAAAUUCUACAUACAUACCAGAAGGAGCAGCUUGAAGUGAAGGAGAACAGAGGGUGUAGCAGUGGAGGAAUGACGGAGGAUGAAGUUUUCUCGAAAGUGGCGAGUCUCUUCAAAGGCCAGGAGGAUCUGCUUGCAGAAUUCGGCCAGUUUUUGCCUGAUGCAAAGAGAUCUCUGUUCACUGGAGGUUCUUUGCCUGGCAAAGACCAUCUGAAGAAAGCAGAGGACGAGGAAAUGAACAAACAGAGCAAGAAGAGACCUAGACCCAUGUUAAUGCCUCACAUGACCCCGCUUCUGAAGAAGAAAUUGAAAUAUUCCUGUUCCAAGGACCCAUCCUUUGCCUCUGUUGGAAAACAUGGAGUCCUAAGGGAAUUCACGUUUUUUGACAAGGUUCGACGGCUGCUCAAGAGUCAAGAGGUGUACGAGAAUUUCUUGCGCUGCAUAGCCCUCUUCAACCAGGAAGUAGUUUCAGGGGCCGAACUCUUGCAACUUGUAACUCCAUUCUUGGGGAAGUUCCCUGAACUCUACACCCAGUUUAAGUCAUUUUUGGGUGAUAAAGAGCUGUCUCACGUGAUCGCUGGCCUUUCUGAACGCUACAUGGAGGGUGGAGGCAGAGAAGUGGACUAUGCCUCCUGUAAACGCCUGGGCUCCAGUUACAGAGCCUUGCCCAAGACCUACCAGCAGCCCAAAUGCAGCGGCCGAACAGCUAUAUGCAAAGAGGUGCUCAACGAUACCUGGGUCUCAUUUCCUUCCUGGUCUGAAGACUCCACCUUUGUGAGUUCCAAGAAAACCCCUUAUGAAGAGCAACUUCAUCGCUGUGAGGAUGAGAGGUUUGAGCUGGAUGUUGUCCUAGAGACUAAUUUGGCAACAAUCAGAGUUUUGGAAAGUGUGCAGAAGAAGCUAUCCCGCCUUUCACCGGAGGAUCAAGAGCGGUUCCGACUGGACGACUGCCUGGGCGGCACCUCUGAGGUCAUCCAGCGGCGUGCGGUCUAUCGUAUCUACGGUGACAAGGCUCCAGAGAUCAUAGAGGGAUUAAAGAGGAGUCCAGCCACUGCAGUUCCUGUAGUACUCAAAAGAUUGAAAGCUAAAGAGGAGGAAUGGAGGGAGGCCCAGCAGGGCUUCAAUAAAAUCUGGAGAGAGCAAUACGAGAAAGCGUACCUGAAAUCACUGGACCACCAGGGUGUCAACUUUAAGCAAAACGACAUGAAGGCCCUCAGGUCCAAGAGUCUUCUCAAUGAAAUAGAGAGCAUCUAUGAUGAGAGGCAGGAGCAGAGCACAGAAGAGGGCGGUGUUGGCCAGCAAGGUCGUGACGGCACAGGCGCCGGUUCAACCAGUGAACCCCACAUGAUCUUCAGCUAUGAGGACAAACAAAUCCUGGAGGACGCUGCCUCGCUCAUCAUCUACCAUGUCAAAAGGCAGCCCACCAUCCACAAAGAUGACAAGGACCACAUCAAACGCAUCAUCCAGCACUUUGUCCCCGACCUCUUCUUUGCCCGCCGUGGCGAGCUGAGCGAGACGGAGGAGUUCACGGACGAGGAGGUAGAGGGAGAGGAUGGUGCCACCCCAGGGGGCGGAGUCUCAACGGCAGGUGGCCAGCAGCAACUAAAUGGGGAUUCCAGGCGAAGACGAUGCACAUCCCCGCAGAUCAUGGACAACUCCACAGCCACCCACAGCAUGAAUCCAGAAGGGGAUGCAAUGGAUCUGCGGGACCCAGAGGCGGAGCACCAAAAGGAACUGGACGGAGUCUACAACCUGUUCUUUGUCAAUAAUAACUGGUACUUCUUCCUGCGGCUGCACCAGACUCUGUGCUCGCGACUGCUGAAGGUUUACAGACAGGCUGAGAGGCAGCUACUGGAACACAGAGCGGAGCAGAAUCGAGAACUGCUCAUGGAAGAGGGGCGCAGAGAAAAGGCGAGUGAUCUCGCUAUGGAGCUGCGGCUAAAACAGCCGAGCGAGGUGGAGUUGGAGGAAUAUUACCCAGCCUUUUUGGACAUGGUACGCAGUCUACUGGAUGGAAACCUGGAGCCCACGCAGUAUGAGGACACCCUGAGAGAGAUGUUCACCAUCCACGCUUACAUUGGCUUUACUGUCGACAAGCUCAUCCAGAACAUUGUCAGACAGCUUCAACACCUGGUCAGUGAUGAGGUGUGUUUGCAAGUGACUGAGCUGUACCUUACGGAAAGGAAGAGAGGGGCUGCAGGGGGGAAUCUGUCCUCCCAGUGUGUCCGUGCUGCUUGGGAAGCCAGCUACCAGUGGAAAGCAGAGAGAGUCAUGGCUGAGGAGAACUGCUUUAAGGUGAUGUUCAUUCAAAACAAAGGUCAGGUUACCCUAACAAUUGAGCUACUGGACACGGAAGAGGCCCAGGGCGAUGACCCGCUGGAUGUUCAGAGCUUGUCUAAUUAUAUGGAGCAGUAUAUUGGGACUGAGUCAAUGUGCUCUCAGACAGAGGGCUACUAUUUCAAGCCUGUAUUUUUACCCAGGAAUCUUAGGCAUUUCCGCGGCUGGCAGCUCAAGCAGGUGGAAGCCAUGCGCUGCCGGAGAGAGUGGCAUCGGAAGAUGGGUGUGGAGACAGCCGGGAAUCUGGACUGCCGUUUUAAACUCAACACGCACAAGAUGGUGUUUGUGAUGAACUCUGAAGACUACAUGUACCGCAGAGGAGCCCUGGUAAAGGCUCGGAGGUCCCAGCACAGAGUAGCACAAGCUCAACAUGAUCGUUUUGAGCAGUGGCACCGGGGCUGGCUAAAUGAGCAUGUUUCCCCUGGCGCCGAGCGCAAUGUGCAGGACUGGCUCAUGGGAGAUGAAGAUGAGGACAUGAUCCCCUGCAAGACCACCUGUGUGUCCACAAAAGUCAAAGGCUUACCUGUCAACAGGUACCAGGUACACUACAGCAACAAGGCCCCCGCCUCACCGUAAAAACCUCAAGCCUGCAGGUUGAUUUUCUCUCUCUCUCUCUCUCUAUCUGCCUCUUUCUCGCUCGCACAUUCUCAUGGCUGAGAUCAAACUAGCUCAGCCAAAUCACGAUGAACAGACAAGAGUGGUAAGGAGGACAGACUGCUGCUUAAAGGCGGAAAAGCCUCAUUGAAAAGCCUCACACACUCUGUCAUCCCCACACUAGUCCAUCCUUACCAAUGCAGUGACCAGACGUUUGAGAUGUGAAUGUCAAUCUUAUCAUUUUUUUUAAGAAGCAAAUCCAUUGUAGUUUUUAGCUCCUGAAUCCAGAGUUUUGUUUUGUUUAUACUAAAGUAUUGAGAGACUAGGUUUAAAGUAUGUCUACAACAUCUAUAUGUCUUUUUUUUGUACAGUACGACUAAAGAGCUUGAGCAAUUGCAUAUAUACAGCAGAAGAAUAUUCUGUGUGCAUUUUCUAGAAUGAUGACUUGGAAAAUUAUGUUUCUCUGGUGCGCACUGGCAUCUUAUCCUUAAUGUCCUCAUUUAAGUUUGUUUUGUGUUCUUUCUGUUCAUCGUCUCUUAAAUAAAGGAAGGAUCGCCAGUGUCGCCGUCAAUCACUGCUCAUGAAUUGUAGUCGAUUUUGUUAAACACCCAGAUCAUGUAUCAUAUCAAUCUUGCCAAAUCCAUGCUUUUUUUUUGUGCAAUUUUUACAUAUUAAAACAGAAAAAUGAUAAAAUAUCAGUGUUUUGAAAAAAGAAUGUAUAACAUUUAUCCUGUAUCAGUUAUAAAAAAAAUAAACAACCUAGU